AUGUUUUUUCUCUGUCUGGUGGAGAUCCGCAACCCUGAGCAUCCCCCAACGGCUUUUCGUAUUCUCCUUUACCACAUGGCUGGUGCUAUUAUGGCCGAUUGGCGUCGUGUUUCUGGAGACGGCCUCCUCUUCCGGCAAACCUAUGCUGGACUCUAUUCCGAUCUUCGCCGCAUGGGUGCAGUAAACGAGGCCCAUCCCUAUCUCAGCAAAGUACUCCUGCCUCCAUCACCAGUAGAAACAACCACUACCUCUCAUAUAUUAGAUGAGGGGGCACCAAAAAAUGAAGAAGACACACUAGAGGAGGGCCUGCCUUCUGACUACAUUUCUAAAGAA